AUGAUGGACGAAAAGAAAAGUAACGCCUCGGUGGGCCCCGUCCAGUCUGUCGGCGUGGGAGAAAUCGAGAAUUUUGUCUCUCACAAUCUCAACGGAAUUCUCUCCGCCCAAGAAACUAAGAGGGCCGGCCACUUGUUGGAGGAGGCCCAGGCCAACUUGAUGUUGGCUGCGGAGACAGGUUACAAGCCAGAGUUGCGCAGAAACUUCUCCACAUUUGCUCUUUUGGGUGUCGGUUUUGGCUUAACCAAUUCAUGGUUCGGUAUUUCUGCUUCAUUGAUCACCGGUAUUUCCAGUGGUGGACCCAUGAUGAUUGUCUAUGGUAUCAUCAUCAUUGCCUGUGUCUCGUCUUGUAUUGCUAUUACCCUCUCGGAGCUUGCCAGUGCCAUGCCUAACGCAGGUGGCCAGUAUUACUGGGCUCUGAAAUUGGCUCCUCCAAAGUACGCUCCGUUUGCUGCUUACAUGUGUGGUGCUUUUGCAUGGGCUGGAUCUGUGUUCACAAGUGCCUCAGUUACCAUUUCCAUUGCAACAUCUUUAGUGGGCAUGUAUGUUUUGGGCUCCAACGAUCCCAACAAGACCGUGGAGACAUGGCAGGUUUUCCUUACCUAUGAAAUUGUCAAUGUGUUGUUGGUGUUCUUCAACAUUUGGGAGAAGCCUUUGCCCAAGAUCUCCCAGGCAGCCUUGUAUGUAUCUUUGUUUUCAUUUGUCACCAUCACCAUCACGGUGUUGGCCAAGAGUUCGGGUCACUACAACUCGGCUCACUUUGUCUUUGUUGAGUUCUCCAAUGGUACUGGCUGGUCAACCUCUGGCAUUGCCUUCAUUGUUGGUUUAAUCAACCCCAACUGGUCCUUUAGUUGUUUGGAUGCUGCUACUCACAUGGCCGAAGAGACUUUGAGUCCCCAGACCGACAUUCCAAAGGCAAUUAUCGGUACCGUUAUCAUUGGAUUCAUCACGUCUUUAUCCUAUGCCAUCUCAAUGUUCUUCUCCAUCAGAAACUUGGACGACAUUCUCAACUCCAACACCGGAGUGCCAAUCAUGGACAUUUUCUACCAAGCCUUGCAGAGCAGAGCUGGUGCUAUUGUUUUGAACUGUUUGAUCUUGUUGACUGCCAUUGGUUGCAACAUUGCUUCCCACACCUGGCAAUCUAGAUUGUGUUGGUCAUUUGCCAGAGACAACGGUUUGCCUGGUUCCAGAUACUGGUCCAAGGUCAAUGCUAGAACUGGAGUGCCUGUCAAUGCUCACCUCAUGUCUUGUGUGUGGUGUGCCAUCAUUGGAUGUAUCUACAUGGGUUCCACCACUGCCUACAAUGCCAUGGUUAUUGGAUGUAUCAUCUUCCUCUUGCUCUCCUACCUGGUUCCAGUGAUUUUCCUUUUGAUCAAGGGCAGAAACAACAUCAAGCACGGUCCAUUCUGGAUGGGUGCUAUUGGUCAUGUUUCCAACUACGUGUUGGUUUUCUGGACGCUUUUCGCUACUGUUUUUUACAGUUUCCCUCCAGUCAUGCCUGUUGACGGUGCCAACAUGAACUAUGUGUCUGUAGUUAUUGCUGUGUUUGGUAUUUAUGCUGUCAUUUACUGGUUUGUCAGAGGCAAGUACAGAUUCAAGACUGCUGAGGACAGAGAGAAGGGCAUUGAUGAAUUGACCCAGCAAUUAUCCAACCAAGUGGAGCAAUUGGAGGUGAUUUUGUCCCAGCCUCAUAUGAAAGCUUAA